AUGGGUCGCCCUCGAGCUACCCAGCGCUUCGAUGAAUACUACCGCUGCUACCCUCUGGCCAUGGCACCCGGAGCGGAGCGGCCGGAGCUCAACUACGGCUCAAAGAUCUUCCUCCCGCCUUCAGCCCUCGACAAGGUGUCACGGUUGCACGUCCAGUGGCCAAUAAUGUUGGAGCUCUUCAACGGGGAGAAGGGAAAGCACACACACGGCGGUGUCCUGGAGUUUGUGGCCGAAGAAGGAAGGGCCUACGUUCCGUACUGGAUGAUGAAAAGCCUCGAGCUCGAAGUCGGCGAUAUGAUCCAGAUCAGGACAACCUCCCUGGAGCUAGCGAAGCUGGUAAAGCUUCAGCCUCAGUCUACCAACUUCCUCGACAUCAGCGAUCCUCGCGCCGUUCUCGAAAAGGCAUUCCGCAACUUCGCAGCGCUAACCAAGGGCGAUGUGUUCAAUUUCGAAUACAAUGACGAAGUCUACUACAUGGCGGUUUUAGAUGUGAAGCCUGAGACUGACAAGAUGGGCGUCAGUAUGAUAGAGACGGAUGUUAGCGUCGACUUUGCACCGCCCGUUGGCUACGUGGAGCCCGAGAAACAACCUCGCGGAAGCGGCACGAGCACACCUCGUAGCGCGCGCGGAGGGGGUUUCGGUCCUGGCGUACCUGUCGGCGGUCUGAUGCACAACCAAGGCACCAUGGCACAAGCAAUCAACUACGAUGCCAUAGCUCCAAGUUCAAUGCUGGGGUCGGCUGGCAACUUUUUAGGAGAGGGUUUGCGUCUUAAGAGUAGCAAGGCAUCAACACCCAAGCCUGCGACCCCCGUGGCGGGAACAUCGACCAAUGUCGGUGGCGACUUUGGGUUGUUGCUAAAACGGCGGAGUGGCCCGCAGCCGCUUCGGCUACCCCCGAACAAGCUCUUUUUAGGCUACGAAAUCAAGCCUGUUAAGACUGCGGCCGAUAAGGAACAGGAAGCGGCAAAUGCUCUGCAGCCGCACUUUGCCGGGCAAGGCCAAACACUGAGAGGGGUAGUUAGGAGAAAGGGUGAUGACGAGGAUAAAACACCAGAGAGGCCAGAAAAGCAAGAAAAGAAGCCGCAAGACAGCAAAGGAAGAAGGCUGGAUGGGCGGAACGUUUGA